AUUUUAUGAUUGUGCGUUACGUCAAGGUCAAACUGGUAACGCUUUCGGAUUGCGCUGCUGGAUUGAAUUUAUUAUCAACAAUGAGUAUAAUUAGGACAUCUCUUGGAGUUUUAAGUCUUGGAUUUGGAUUGUUCACUGCAGAAGCUUUGUAUUCUGGAAAUGAGCACUUCUAUAAGGAUUGGUUUCUACCUACUGCCCGUAUCUUAGUCCGUGAUGGUGAAACUGCCCACAAUUUAUCAGUUUACUUAGCAAGUCAUGGUUUUAUACCACAUAAACCUCGAAACUCAUUCCCUCACCUCAAAUGUAAAGUUUUUGGACUCGAAUUCGACCAUCCCAUAGGAUUAGCUGCAGGUUUUGAUAAAAAUGGAGAGGCAUUUAUGGGUCUCUUAAAUGCAGGAUUUUCACAUAUUGAAGUUGGAACUGUCACCCCGGAUCCUCAGCCAGGUAACGCACGUCCUCGUAUAUUCAGAUGGACCAAGAAAGAAGCGGUAAUAAACCGAUGUGGGUUUAACAGUGACGGACAUGAUGCUGUAUAUGAAAGACUCAAAGAUCGUCCAUGGGAAGGCCGUGGUGUAAUUGGUGUCAAUUUAGGCUGCAAUAAAACAAGCACAGAUCCAACUGCUGAUUAUGUGGCAGGUGUUCAAAAGUUUGGCGAAGUAGCUGACUAUUUAGUAAUCAAUGUGUCUAGUCCAAAUACUCCAGGACUACGUUCCCUACAGACUAAAGAAAAAUUGCGCGAUCUCUUAUCUAAAGUUUUAUCAGCUCGAAAUCAAUUAUUGAAAAAAACUCCUAUUUUAUUAAAAAUCUCUCCAGAUGAAAAUGAUCAAAGUUUAAAAGAUAUAGUAGAAGUUGCUUUGGAUUCGAAAACUCGAAUAGAUGGAAUGAUCAUUUCAAACACAACACUUGCAACUUAUGAAGAGGCUGUAGCUUGCGGUGCUGCUCCAAUACCAGGGAACAAUGAACAAAAUGUUGUAUAUGGUGGCUUAAGCGGUCGACCAUUAUUUGAAAAAUCAACAGAUUGUUUAAGGAAAGUUUCUGCAUUAACCAAAGGUUCUAUACCCCUAAUCGGUGUUGGUGGUAUCAGCUGCGGUGAAGAUGCAUUGUCCAAGUUGAAUGCCGGUGCUAGCUUAGUACAGUUAUACACAAGUUUUGUUUAUCAGGGACCACCGGUUGCUCAUAAAGUCGCUAGGGAAAUUAAUAAAUUAAAAAUGACAUCUUUAACUCCCGACUAAAAACCUGCUUUUUCUUUCUAAUAAAAGAAUAUUUGUGUUACAUUUAAAUAGAACUUAUUUAUACAUUGUCUUAAA